CUGUUUGCUCAAGCCAAGGAUCUCUCUCUGAGGGUUGUGUUUGUUCAUUCCAAUUGCUUCAAGCAUUCCAUUUUGUUCCAAGAUGAAGUUCUGGUUGAUUCUGUGUUUCGUGCUGGUUGCGAGUUUCCCUUAUGGUAAAGCUGCACCAGUGCCCGAUGUCACCGAGGGUUCAGAAGACGAUGCAAAAUCAGCAGAAGUUUCACACGAGGAAGCCGUAAAAGAGGAGGCUGCCCCUGUAGAACAAGCUGCGGAAGAGGCCCCAGAAGAAGACGAAGUCCCUGCUGAAGAAGCUGGAAAAGAGGAAGCCCCAGCAGAGGAAGAGGCUCCGGCAGAAGAAGCCGUAGAGGAAGAGCACGCCGAGGAAGAAGCUCCUGCUGAAGAGGCACCUGCAGAGGAAGAGGCUCCGGCAGAAGAAGCUGCAGAAGAGGAGCACGCCGAGGAAGAAGCCCCAGCUGAAGAGGCCCCAGCAGAGGAAGAGGCUCCGGCAGAGGAAGAGCACGCCGAGGAAGAAGCCCCUGCUGAAGAGGCACCGGCAGAGGAAGAGGCUCCGGCAGAAGAAGCUGCAGAAGAAGAACACGCCGAGGAAGAAGCCCCGGCUGAAGAGGCCCCAGCAGAGGAGGAGGCUCCGGCAGAAGAAGCCGUAGAGGAAGAGCACGCCGAGGAAGAAGCUCCUGCUGAAGAGGCACCUGCAGAGGAAGAGGCUCCGGCAGAAGAAGCUGCAGAAGAGGAGCACGCCGAGGAAGAAGCCCCAGCUGAAGAGGCCCCAGCAGAGGAAGAGGCUCCGGUAGAAGAAGCAGUAGAGGAAGAACACGCCGAAGAGGAGGAGGCGGAGGAGGCCCCAGCUGAAGAGGCUCCAGCAGAGGAAGAACACGCCGAGGAAGAGGCCCCAGCUGAAGAGGCCCCGGCAGAGGAAGAGGCGCCUGAAGAAGCAGCAGUGGAGGAAGAACACGCCGAGGAGGAAGCUGAGGAAGCACCUGUUGAAGAAGCAGCAGCAGAGGAAGCACCGGCAGAAGAAGCAGAUCCAGCUGAGGCGGCACAUGAAGAACCACCUCCUUUGAGACGAAGAAAAAGAUCUGACGAUGCAGAUGAGGUAAAGGAAGAAUCUUCUGAGGACGAAGCUGCAGAAGUAGAGUCUGCUCCUGAAAAGGAAGUAGCUACCAAAGAGGAAGAGGCAGUAGAGGAAGCUGUCGAGGAAGAAUCUGCCCCAGCCGAAGAACAUGCAGCAGAAGAGGAAGCGGUCGAAGAGGCUACAGAGGAGGAAGCUGCUCCUGCCGAGGAAGAGGCUGCAGACGAGGAAGCUGCCCCCGCCGAGGAAGAGGCUGCAGAAGAGGAAGCUGCUCCCGCCGAGGAAGAGGCUGCAGAAGAGGAAGCUGCCCCCGCCGAGGAAGAGGCCGCAGAAGAGGAAGCUGCUCCCGCCGAGGAAGAGGCCGCAGAAGAAGAAGCUACCGAAGAAGAAGCACAUGCGGAAGAAGAAGCUGCAGAAGAGGAAGCUGCUCCUGCCGAGGAAGAGGCUGCAGAAGAGGAAGCUGCUCCUGCCGAAGAAGAGGCCGCAGAAGAAGAAGCUCCCGCUGAAGAAGAAGCUGCCGAAGAAGAAGCACAUGCGGAAGAAGAAGCUGCCCCAGAGGAAGAGGCCGCAGAAGAGGAAGCUGGCCCCGCAGAGGAGGAAGCUGCAGAAGAAGAAGCUCCUGCAGAGGAAGCUGCUGAAGAAGAAGCUCCCGCAGAGGAAGAAGCUACUGAAGAAGAAGCUCCCGCAGAGGAGGAAGCUGCUGAAGAAGAAGAAGCUCCGGCAGAGGAGGAAGCUGCUGAAGAAGAAGCUCCCGCAGAGGAGGAAGCUGCCCACGCGGAAGAGACUGCAGAAGAGGAAGCCGCCCCCGCAGAGGAGGAAGCUGUGGAGGAAGAAGCUCCAGCUGAAGAAGAGGCUGCCCCUGUUGAGGAGGAGGCCGAACACGCUGAGGAGGAAGCUGCCCCUGCCGAGGAAGAAGCUGAAGCACAUUAACAAAGACAUUGUCGAUACUUCACUUGUUUAAUGACGCUCAUUAACAGUUACCAAGGACAUGUGUUCCAACCCAAUCCCCCCAAUGCUCAAUAAAGACACUGCAUCAGAAAUCUUUUUGUCUGUUUUAGCAGAUAUCAGACUAUAAAGAUAUCCUUUCCUCAAGAAAAAGAAAGUAAAUCAUAU